AUGAUGCGCAUUGCCGUCGCAGGUGGAGGUGGACUCGGAUACCUGCUGGCGCUGCAGCUUUCACAGGCAGCCAACGCUUACAACGUUGUCGUUUUAUCACGAUCUGCAAGACCCGAAUUCGGCCAGCUCGACGUCCAACUCCAUGUUGUCGACUACAGUGAUCACGACAAGCUGACCUUUGCUCUUCAAGGCGUGGAUCUGGCCAUAUCGACUAUAUCGGGGACGGAGCAGCUCAGCCUCAUCAACGCGGCAGGACGUGCUCGCGUGCGUGUCUUCGUACCGUCGGAGUUUGAGGGGAGUUUGAGCCGGCGACCAUCGCACAACGACCCGUUGGACCGCGGGUCGACGCAAGCAAUCGCUCUGCUGAAACAAUGGGAGAGUGCGUCGCGCAUGAAAUAUACCGUCUUUGCGUGUGGCAUCUUUAUGGAGCGAUUUCACCCCUACGGCCUCGGGUACCUAAACAUUGGGUACGGCAGCGGCGUUUCGGCGGUGGGAGAUUAUCUCCUCGACAUCAACCAUGCAACAGCAGAAUAUGCGGCCGAAAACUCUAAGGGGCACACAGUAAGGGUGUGCUUAACAUCGGUCUACGACGUGGUGCGCUUCAUAGUAGCGGCCAUAGACUUGGGACCUCGAAACUGGCCACACGAAUUCACCAUGCGGGGGGACAGAAUGUCUGUCCGAGACGUUGUCGGGACAUGCAGUCGCGUCAGGAACGUGGCCUUUGAUCAUCACAUGCGGCAAAGCUCCGAGCUCCAGUCAUACCUGGCUUACUUUGUCCAGGCCGGCGACGGAGAUAAAGUUGCAUAUUACCAGCGCCUCAUUGCCACGACAAACGGACGCUAUGAUUUUUCACGGGCCUCGCUGAAUGACGCCUUGGAAAAGAGUGGCCAGGGGGAUGUACAGCCCAUGACCCUGUUGCGGUGGCUCACAAACGUCUGGCAGUCCUUAUGA